AUGCACAAUAAUUCCAAUCGUCUGACUCUGAAUCGCAAGGUUGCUGUGAUGGGAUAUCCGCAUGUCGGUGAGUUUAUGUCGGGGAACUUUCUUCUCUAUAAAUUUGUUUUGUAGGAAAAUCUGCGCUCGUUCUCCGUUUCAUGCAGAAUACGUUUCCGGAAAGGUACGAAUCAACGAUCGAGGAUCAGCAUACGAAGCGUUUGACGAUAUUCCAGCGAGAUUACAACAUUCGCGUGACUGGUGGGUGAAAUUAGGAACACGUCUAGUUAGAAAAUAUUGUGAUUGCAGACACCGCUGGACAGCAAGAGUACACAGUAUUCCCGAGAAGUUGCUCACUCGAUAUCAAUGGAUUUGUCCUUGUUUAUUCGAUUGAAGAUAGAAAAUCGUGAGUAUUCCAUUAUCAGAAAGAGAUAACAAAUUCAUUUUUCAGGUUCGAUAUGUGCACGAACAUCUACGAAAAAAUUGUCAGGGUUUAUGGAGAUACCAGGUAUUUGUGACCUAAAGUGAGGCAGAUGCUUAUUAGAUUUAUUCAGCAUACCAAUCGUGAUCGUUGGAAAUAAAACCGAUCUGGCCAGCCAAAGAGUUGUGCAAAUGGAAGAAGGAGAAGCGUUGGCCAAGCAAUGGGAUGCCAAAUUCAUUGAAAUCACGGCCAGGGAACCGGUGGGAACUUUAUUUUUGCAAGAGAAUAUAAAAACAAAAAAUAAGAAGUGUGUGCUCUACAACAGAAAUAGCUCGGUUUCGCAGUUUUUGCCUUUUUUCGCAUUAAUUUUCCGUGUCCGCUCAUAAAAAGAGGAAACGCCCUGUCGGUUAGUCGACGUGUCCCCUACGGUUCUCACCACGAAAGCUUGACCGAUUCCAACAUCUUGUUUCUUGCAGAAUCGAGCGAAUGAAGUGUUCGAGACGCUUCUUCGCGAGAUAGAGAUCUCCCGCGGAAACCUGGAUCCGAGAGACCGUCGACACUACGCUCAUGGUCACAAAGGAAACAGCAAUAACGCUAGCAACAACGGCAGCUUCGCAAGCAAACUGGCAGACGGAAAAGGCUGCAGCAUAUGCUGA